CCACGGUGCGAGCAGAUCUCUCUCCACGCCUUCACGGACACACCGCACCUGUUUCUCGUCUCCUUCACCUGUGAGCUACAGCACCGCUGCUCUGAGAGUCUCCGUCGCAGCACCACCACCACCACCAUCAUCAUCCCAACCCCCGGCCACUGCUCUGCCCUGCGAGCGUCCGAGCAAGGACUGCGGCUCAGCCGCGUCGAGUUUGGCGAGGAGGAGGAGGGAGGAGUGAGAGGCGAGGCGCGAGGUCCUAGCGGGACCGCCAGAGGACCCCGCCGCGAUGUCCAUGCUGAAGGGACUGAAGCUCCCGAGGCGAGGGGACCGCGACUCGAGCACGGCCGCUGGGAAACCGCCCGUGGUGAAGAUCAAGAAGGCCCAGGCUAACGAGUUGGCCAUCCUCAUCAGCCGACUGCAGAAGAAUGCCGACCAAGUGGAGAAGGACAUCAUCGACACGGAGGACAAGCUCGCCAUUGACAUCAAGAAUCUGGAAAACGGCCGGGAAUUCCAAUACCGCGCGAAAAAUGCCGAGAACCUCAGCCGAGCCGAGGGCACCCUCAAGGACCUCUUCCUCGACUCGGAGCAAGUGAAGCAGCUCAAGCACCCGCAGGGCGAGAUGAUCAACAAAGACAUCCACCAACUGCACGACCGCUGGUCGAAGCUCUGCGCCGAGUACCGCCAGGUGUACGAGCAGGUGAACAUCCCCAACAUGCGCCCGCAGGUCGACUGGCUCAAGAUGGUGGGAGAAAAGCGGUACUCGCUCAACCGGAAAGGCUUUGGAUCGGACCUGGUGACCGUGGAGAUGCAGAUGGCCGAACACAACAUCAUCCACAAGGAGAUCGAGGCUUACGGGCCGCACGUCAAGGCGGCCGAAGGAGACCCCGAGUACCUGCGCAGGCUGAACGAGGAGUACGCCACCUUGCUGACCUCGUCCACCAAGCGGCAGAAGGACCUGAACGAACUGCACACGUACAUGCAGCGCUGCACUCGCGAGCUCAUGUGGCUGGACUCGGAGCAGGAGGAGCGCAAGGGCAUGGACUGGAGCGACCGCAACCUCGACUAUGACGUGCGCACCCGGAAGUAUGAGAACAUCGUCAACAACGAGCUCGUGGCCAAGGAGGCGUCCAUCAACCAGAUCCAAGACGAGGGCGAGAAGCUGCUUGCGGCCAAACACCCGGCGAAGCCGACGAUCGAGGCCCACAUGGACGCAGUGGAGAACGACUGGAAGAGAUACCUCAACCUCCUCAUCUGCGAGGAGGCUCACCUCAAGUUCAUGACCGAGCACCACAAGUUCAACAAGGACGUGAAGGAGUCAAACGAGUGGCUGACCAAGCAGUCGGCGGACAUGAAACGGCGCUACACGGUCGACCCCAACGACAGCGCCCUGAGAGUCGAGGAGCUGCUCAAGGAGGUGCAGGAGAAGGAAAAAGAGAUGGACGCCUACGAGAAGAACGUGGUGGCGCUGAAGAACCGGGCCACUCAAAUGGUGCCCCUCAAGUAUCGCCGCGAGAAGAUCCCCAAGCCGCUGACUGUGGAGACGCUGUGCGACUACGAGGAUGGGGAACUGGUCCUGCACCGCGGUGACAAGUACACGCUGAAGGACAACAGCGACAAGGAGAACUGGGUGGUGUCCAACUCGGCCGGCAAGACGGAGACGGUGCCGAGCGCCUGCUUCGUCAUCCCCCCCACGGACCCCGACUCGAUCGCGCUGGUCGACGGGAUCUCCACGCAGUUCAGCGAGCUCAAGCAGAAGCGCCGGGAGACGGAGGCGGCGCUGCGGAAACGCGCGGGCGACGUCAAGCAGCAGGCCGGCCAAGUUCUGGCGGCAGACAACUCGGAGGAGAGGGAAUGCGUCAAGCACAUCUCCGACCUGGAGCGCAUCUACUACGAGCUCGAUGACCAGGAGCAGCAGAUGCUGGUCAAACUUCGCACGCCACUCGACAAGAACCGGCCGGCCGAGGACGGCGCCUCUCGGCUACGCGAGCAGGACGCCAUCCUCAAGAGGCUGCAGGUGCUCAACACGGAGAAGGCCAAGGUACAAAAGUCCGCCGAGGCCUUCCUCUCGCGCAAGCCCAAGUGCCCGAGCGCCCCCAAGCUGCGGCAGAAGCUGGACGAGACCGACGCCAAGUACACACGGGUCUCCUUGCUGGCCAACAACUACGGAGACAAAGCCAAGGCUGCGUCGAGCAUGGAGGUGUCUCUGCAGAAGGCGGAAGGUGCCAUCGCCCCCCUGGAGCGCUCCCUCGCGCUGGAGCAGAGCAUCCCCACGGACCUGGCGGGCAUCCGCGCGCGCCGCAAGGAGCUGGAGGCCGUCAAGAAAGAUAUCGGCGCCAAGAAGGCGCUGGUGUUGGAGGAGCCGGCGAGGAACCUGCAGAGCACCCAGCAGCACUGCCAGAACGUCGCCCGGAACUUCAACGAGCGCUGCCCCGACGUGGAGCGCCAAGAGAGCGAGGUGAACCGACUGCGCCAGCGCUUUGGCAACAUGGGGGACCAGACGAAUCUCAGACUGAAGGAGCUGGACAAUGCGGAGAAGGCCUACUCUAAUUACCGGGGCACCUAUGACAAUCUCAACAGCUGGCUGGACAAUGUGCCUAAACCAAGUGUGUCACAGAAUGAGACCGUGGAAUCCAUCAAUGCCAAGAUCGCCGAUCAAAAGAGAUUGGCGGACGAGCUGCGUAGAAAGGAAACCGAGAAGAACAAAGUGGAACAGCUGGCGAACGAUUAUCAGUCAACGGUCCGGAACUACGAGACAGCGAGCGAUCGCUACCGGACGCUGGUGGAGCCGGAGCUGGUGAACGGCGUGAACUGGGACACGAACAAAUCCUCUCCCACGCGGCAGGUGCAGGACGAGGAGAGACAACUCGUCAAGAAAUUUGCUGAAGUUUCUGCUGCAAAUCAGCAACAGAUCGUCUAUCUGCAAAACAUGCAGAACAUCGUGAAGAAUCCUCCAGUGCAGGAGGUGCAGGCGAGGAUGUCCCAACAGAACCUGCAGAAGUCCCAAUAUUCGGGCCCAAGCAAACAUGACUUGGAGCUGAUAGAGGAAGAAAAGAAGAAGAGGCUGGUGCUAGAAAAGGACAUGGAGUCGCUGAAAAGGCAGCUUGACGUCGCACAACAGAAGGCGGCGACGCCAGCAAAAGACCCCGCUGCGGAGCAAGAGGCAAUCUUCCUGCGCCAGCAGCUCCAACAGGAGGCCCAGAACAAGGAGGCAAAGGACGAGGAGCUGCGCCUCUUGAGGGACCGACUUCAGAAGUCGGAACGGGCAAUGCAGGAGGCGGCACAGAAGGUCAUCAUCAAGGAGGUUUCGAAGGUGGAGAAGGAUCCGUCAAAGGAGAGGGAAGUUAAUGACCUCCGUAAUCAGAUGGCAGACAUGACUAGGCAGAUCGAAGAAGAGCAAAACAAAAGGUCAUCUGCUGAGAAGUCCAUCGUAAUGUACGAAAGGAGAAUCAAGGAAAUAGAACAGCAAGGGCCAAGGGUUGAGAAGCAAGUGACUAUCAAGGAAGUGCCGAAAAUUCAACAAGAUCCACUUCUACUAAAAGACUUGGAAGAAGCACGUAGAAUGUUGGAGCAGGAAACCGCAAAGAAUAAGGCAUCGGAGGAAGAACUUCGAUUGCUGAGGCAAAGAUACUCCACACUGGAAAACACCAAGCCCAAAGUAGAGGUUAAAGAAGUUUUAAAAGAAGUUGUGAAGGCAGAUCCCAACACUGAGAAACAGGCAGCGGACUUGAAGAGACAGCUGGAAAUGGAAAGGCAGAAAAAUGAUCAGAUGAACAAGGAGAUGGUUACUCUUCGGACAGAUCUCAUGACGAUCCAGAACCGCAAACCAGAAGUCCAGGUCAAGGAGGUGGUGAAGCUGGAGAAGGAUCCUGAAGUGAUGAGGAACCUCAGUGCUAUUCAGCAGCAGCUGGAAGAAGAAAUAAGUAAGAAGACAUCUGCAGAAAAGAGAGUUUACAUGCUAGAAAAUAAAAUAAAAAAUUUUGAAGAGAAGCCACCUGUAGUUGAAGAAAAGGCAAUUAUAAAGGAAGUUUUUAAAGUGGAGACUGAUCCCCAGACCACAAAGGAACUCGCAAACUUGAAGCAAAUGCUGGAUGAAGAAUUUGAGAAGAACAAAGUUUCCAAGAAAGAAAUUCUGACACUUCAACAAAAAUACACCGCCCUGGAAAACACCAAGCCAAAAGUGGAGCUCAAAGAAGUCAUCAAGGAGGUGGUGAGAGCAGAUCCGGAGACAGAGAGGCAGGCAGCUGAUUUGAAGAAACAGCUGGCCGAAGAGAAGCGCAAGUCUGAAAAAGCAGACCGAGAGCUCGACGCUCUCAGAAUUGAUGUCGAGGCCUUGAGAAACCGCAAGCCUGAGGUGCAGGUAAAAGAGGUCGUCAAGGUAGAGAAAGAUCCCGAGGUGGUCCGAGAACUUAAUAAAGUCAAGCAGCAGCUGGAAGAUGAAAUGGAGUCAAGAAAGGCUACAGAAAAGAAGUAUGUGCUCAUUGAAAGGAGGAUUAAAGAGGUGGAACAGGCGCCUCCAAAGAUAGAAGAACGACUCGUCAUUAAGGAGGUCGCGAAGGUGGAAAGAGACCCAAAACUGGAAGAAGAGGUUGUCAGCCUCAGGAAACAGCUGCAGCAGGAGAUUCAAAGAUCAAAAAUAUCCCAAGAAGAGAUUCAGACAAUUCAGCACAAAUUUGUCACCCUUGAAAACACCAAACCUAAAGUGGAGAUCAAAGAAGUCAUCAAAGAGGUUGUGAGAGCAGAUCCGGAGACAGAGAGGCAGGCAGCUGAUUUGAAGAAACAGCUGGCCGAAGAGAAGCGCAAGUCUGAAAAAGCAGAUCGAGAGCUCGACGCUCUCAGAAUUGAUGUCGAGGCCUUGAGAAACCGUAAGCCUGAGGUGCAGGUAAAGGAGGUCGUCAAGGUAGAGAAAGAUCCCGAGGUGGUCCGAGAACUUAAUAAAGUCAAGCAGCAGCUGGAAGAUGAGAUGGAGUCAAGAAAGGCUACAGAAAAGAAGUAUGUGCUCAUUGAAAGGAGGAUUAAAGAGGUGGAACAGGCGCCUCCAAAGAUAGAAGAACGACUCGUCAUUAAGGAGGUCGCGAAGGUGGAAAGGGACCCAAAACUAGAAGAAGAGGUUGUCAGCCUCAGGAAACAGCUGCAGCAGGAGAUUCAAAGAUCAAAAGUAUCUCAGGAAGAGAUCCAGACAAUUCAGCACAAAUUUGUCACCCUUGAAAACACCAAACCAAAAGUGGAGAUCAAAGAAGUCAUCAAGGAGGUGGUCAGAGCAGAUCCGGAGACAGAGAGGCAGGCAGCUGAUUUGAAGAAACAGCUGGCCGAAGAGAAGCGCAAGUCUGAAAAAGCAGACCGAGAGCUCGACGCUCUCAGAAUUGAUGUCGAGGCCUUGAGAAACCGCAAGCCUGAGGUGCAGGUAAAGGAGGUCGUCAAGGUAGAGAAAGAUCCCGAGGUGGUCCGAGAACUUAAUAAAGUCAAGCAGCAGCUGGAAGAUGAGGUUGAGUCAAGAAAGGCUACAGAAAAGAAGUAUGUGCUCAUUGAAAGGAGGAUUAAAGAGGUGGAACAGGCGCCUCCUAAGGUAGAGGAGCGCAUUGUUAUAAAAGAGGUAACAAAAGUGGAGAAAGAUCCACAAACGGAGCAAGAUCUGGUAAGCUUGAAAAGGAAAUUGGAAGAUGAGAUACAAAGAAAUCAAGUUUCACAAAAGGAAAUUAACCUCCUGCAGCAAAAGUACAUGACUCUGGAAAACACCAAGCCUAAAGUGGAGAUAAAAGAGAUCACGAAGGAGGUGGUGAGAGCAGACCCUGAGACGGAGAGGCAAGCGGCUGAGCUGAGGCGACAGCUGGCGGACGAGAAGCGCACCUCGGACAAAGCGGAGAAAGACCUGAGCACGCUUCGGCGAGAGCUUGACGCCCUCAAAAACAAGAAGCCCGAGGUUCAAGUGAAGGAGGUGGUCAAAGUCGAACGAGACCCUGAACAGGAAAGAGAAAUCGUCAAACUGAAGAACACGCUGGAAAACGAGAGAAAGAAAAAGAGCAUGGCAGAAGAGGAAAAUGAUUCGCUUCAGCAGAAAAUCCUGAUGCUUGAGAAUCGGAAGCCCAAAGUUGAAAUCAAAGAAGUUGUCCAUGAAAUACUCAAGGCAGAUCCACAGACUGAGAAGGAGGCGGCCGAGUAUAAACGGCAGCUGGAACAAGAGAAGCGUAAACUUAAGGAUUCGGAGAGAGAACUGGCCUCCCUACGCACAGACCUGAACGAGCUACGCAAUCGCAAGCCAGAUGUGCAAAUCAAGGAGGUCGUAAAGGUACAGCGAGACCCGGAGCAAGACAAGGAGAUCAGCAAACUCACGAAGUCUCUGGAUGAAGAAUCUCGUAGAAACAGGAAGUUUGAAGAUGAAAUCCACUACCUCAAAGAAUCGCUCACUAAACUUGAAAACACGAAACCUAAGGUGGAGAUCAAAGAAGUGGUCAAGGAGGUGGUGAAGGCAGAUCCUGAGACGGAGCGACAGGCAGUCGAUUUGAAGCGGAAAUUGACAGCCGAGAAAGAGAGAUAUGAUACGGUGAUGGGCGAGCUCAACACGCUGAGGAUAGAGCUGAACUCGCUGCGCAAUCGCAAGCCCGACGUGCAGAUCAAAGAGGUCGUCAAAUUGGAGAGAGAUCCAGAGCUGGAAAGAGAGCUGAAGCAAUUGAAGCACAUGUAUGAGGAGGAAAUAGAAAAGAACAGGGAUGCUCAGAGGGAUCUGGUCAGUGUCCGGAGACAGUAUACCAUUCUGGAGAAAGAAAAACCAAAGGUGGAAAUCCAGGAAGUGUUGCGCGAAGUUGUGCGUCCUGACCCAGAGACCGAGAAAGAAGCCUCGGAACUUCGGUUGCAGAUGAUGAAGAUUAAAGGUCAACUUUCAAAUGCCGAACGAGAAGCACUGAAACUUCGUGAAGAAGUCAAAACGUUGCAGAACAGAAAGCCUGAAAUUCAAGUGAAGGAAGUCCUUAAGGAGACUGUUAAGUUUGAGAAGAAUCCAGCGGCGGAAGAAGAAGUGACACGCAUGAAAAAGGAGCUUGAUAGGGAAAUGCAAAAGAGAACCGAUGCUGAGCUGCAGUUAACAAAACUUCAAAACAAAAUCUUUAACUUGGAAAACCAGCCCCCGAAGAUUGAAGAGAAGGUUGUUAUCCAAGAGUCCAUCCAGUACAAAACAGACCCCAAUCUGGAACGUGAAGUUGACUCGCUAAAAAAAUCUUUGAAUCAAGAGAAGAAACGGCAGCAAUCGUUGGAAGAAGAUUUGGGACAGCUUCGCAGCACGGUAUCUGAACAGAAGCAACUGAUCACGCAACUGAGAAUGGACUCGCAGGAAAAGAACGAACUUGAGCAGGAACUGAGGCGCACGAAGAAUAGAAUGACAACUCUGGAGCAGCAGAAAAGUAAAGUGGAAGAGAAAGUGGUUUACAAAGAGGUUGUGAAAGUGGAGCAGGAUCCCGAGGUUAUGAAAGAAGCGGUACUUCUAAGAUCUCAACUGAACGACGAGCGCUCAAAGCGCAAUAGGCUUGAGGAUGAGGUGGAUCGAAUGAAGGCGAGAAUGCAUGAUCUUGAAAUUGAGGCCACCAAGGAAAAGAUUGUUUAUAAAGAAGUGGUAAAGAUAGAGAAAGACAAGAUGGUUGACAGCGAACUGGAGAAACUUCGCAGCCAGCUUGACGAUGAGUUGAGAAUACGGAGAAACAAGGAGAGGGAGCUGCAGAAACAGUCGGAGGUUAUAACGGAUGUCCAGUCAGAGAUCGAAAAGCUCAAGAGAAAACUCACAGACACCGAUAAGGUCAUAAACAGCAAAGAGGGCGAGAUAGUGGCGCUGCGUGACAAGCUUAGCAGAUUGGAGAACAGACAACCGGAGGUGACGAGGACUUCAACGGAAAAGACGCAGUCUCAUCUGAGCCGUAAGAUCGUCGUCAUGGAUCCUGAGACUGGAAAAGAAAUGACUCCGUACGAAGCCUACAAACUCGACCUCAUUGACUGGAAGACGUACAGUCAGCUGGCAGGGCAGGAGUGUGACUGGGAAGAAGUGAGCGUGUCCGGGCCAAAAGGGAUAUCAUCCUCUCUGCGGGACAAGAAAACGGGAACCAAGUUCUCCAUUGAAGACGCCCUGGCGAGUGGGAAGGUCACGCAACAAGACGUGCAGCAGUACAAGAACAGAAAGAUGACCAUUGCCGAGUUCGCUGCUAAGGUGUCGGGCCAAACCUUUAAGCCUCAGCCUGAAAAAGAAGAGGGCGUAAAGAAAACAAAUUCCUCCCAGGUGAGCAGCUCCUUGCAAAGGGAGCCCGCCCAAAGCAAGGAUUUCACCGUCCUGGACCUCGAGACGCCGCCUAUCGCCGGCGUGUUCGAUGUGGACACCAACCAAAAGAUGCAGAUAAAAACGGCCACCAGCAAGAACCUCAUCGAUCCGAUAACGGCGCAAAAGCUGCUGGAAGCACAGGCCGCGACCGGGGGCAUCAUCGACGUGGCCAACGGCGAGAAGUACUCGGUGCACAAGGCUGCGGACAUGAAUUUGAUCGACAGCAGCUCCGUUCAGCGACUGCUCGGUGCGCAGAAGGCGUACACCGGAAUCGAAGAUCCGACAACAAAGGAGCGGCUUCCCGUGGGCAUUGCGCUCAAGAGGGGCUGGCUGUAUCAAGACGCAGCCUACAAGUACCUGGAGGCGCAGUUCCUCACGGGGGGACUGGUAGACCCCAACAAGGCCGGCCGCGUGCCCGUGGGAGAGGCCCUGGCUCUGGGCAUAAUCGAUAACGAAGCCAAGCGGGCACUGGAGGAUGACAAAAGCCACCCGAAAGACAUCACGGACCCCAUUUCCAAGAAGCGGCUCACCUACAAGGAGGCGUUGAACCAGUGCAAGGUGGAGAGCUCCACAGGGUUGCCUCUUCUCAAGGUGUCUUCCAAGAGCUCUGGGGGCUCGUCAAGGUUUACACGCUAAAGAGGAGCUCCGCUACAACUCCGCAGCGAUGAUAGGACAUGCUCAUUCACAUCCAUUGCCAAUCGACACAAGCUCACAAAAAAAAUCCUUUCCCAUUAUUGUCCAAGGUUCCCGUAGGAACCAAUUUUAUUAUUCAGGUGACAAGAGCGUAGUUCAUUUACACUUGGUGAAACUGGACACUUUUCAAGAGUUUACUUGUUCACACUUCUUCAAUUUGUCUUUAGCUUUAAAAAAAUUUAAAAAAACCUUUAACUAUUUACAGACAUGCGAGUGUAGCAUGACAAAAUCGGUCGAAUCCAAGAAUCAUAUUUGCAUUUAUUACACGCCACAGCGGAAGGUUUUACGGCUCCCCAACUGUUAUUGCUACACUGCAGGGUUUUGUUGAUUUAACAUCUCAUCAAAAUGUUAUCAAAUGCUGCAAAUAAUAAAUCGAAAGCCAUCAUCUGAUGUAUUGUAAAUGUCAGUACAAUACACACAAGGUAAUUAUUAAGCAUGUUAAAAUAACUGAGCUCAAGAGGAAAUUGACUAUUUCACAAUUCGGAAUUAUUUUCCUUUAUAAAACAAUGCACCAGCACGUUUAUUUAAAAUAGCAUUGGGUUCCAAAACUAAUUUGGAUAUCUUCCAGUCACACAUGUUCACAUAACACACUAUCAGUACAUCCGGGUAUACAGUAUUUGCAAUUGAUCAUGCUACAUCCCAAGCAAACAUGCAACGUUGGGGCAACGUUGCCACGUGGUUGGACCAACGUUCCGUAUCUACUGGAUGCUUCUUGUUAAAUGCUAGAUAAAGGAUUAUAUCGAUAUCCUUGGCACAACUUGGUGGCAUCAUCUGGUGUAUUGUAUAACAAUGCAUACUCACUUUUGCAAAUAAUAAAUCGAAAGCCAUAUGACAAAGUGGCAAUUGUUGUUUAUAAUUUAUAGUUACAGGUGACAUUUACUGUUUUUGGUACUGGCUAUGACACAUGCACAUUGGCUGAAUGCGGUUUAGACUGGAUCACGUGACGCAUGCAACGUAAUGGUCGUUUGUGACGCGACGGAGGGUGUAAAGGUUCUCAUGCCCGCCAUAUUCACUGGGUUGAAACUUUAGCAAGUUAAGGGACACGUUAAGUGAAUUGGCAAGCCAAUCGGAGUUCGGGUGGAGCAAAGGUGGUGAAGCCAAAAAUACUCUGACGCAGUCGUUGUCACGCCCGUGGUAAACGCGCAACGUUGGACCAACGUCCGGUGUUUAGUCGGACGCCACGUGUCGCCACUUGACCCUCCCUACUCGUCAUCAUUCCCAUCAUCAUUGGCAGCAGCGGCAAUGAUGGCCCGGGUGAAUCCACUGCUGGAUGAACGCCUCUACAUACGAUGUAAAAUGCCAGCUUGGUGGUGAUAAGUUUUUAUGGUACUUGCUAUCGGGUUUUUUUGUAAAGAUGUUUAAUGCAUGAUGUGUACGUCUCUUUAUUACAUGACUGUACUCCGAGUUUGCCGAAUGCUCUUACACUUUAACAUGGGCUCUGCUGUGUACAUGUUUGACGCGUCUUCAACUAUCAAGCACAAGAGGAUUAUUACUGGCAGGCAUAGGUAUUGCAUUUA